GGCCAUGGUACAGAAAUACCAGUCUCCAGUGCGCGUCUACAAGUACCCCUUUGAGCUGGUCAUGGCGGCCUACGAGAAGCGCUUCCCCACCUGCCCGCAGAUCCCGGUCUUCCUGGGCAGCGAGGUGCUGAGCGAGUCCCGGAGCGCCGACGGGGCGGUGCACGUGGUGGAACGCAGCUGCCGGCUGCGCGUGGAGGCCCCGCGGCUGCUGCGCAAGAUCGCGGGCGUGGAGCACGUGGUGUUCGUGCAGCGGAACGUGCUGAACUGGCGAGAACGCACGCUGCUCAUCGAGGCGCACAACGAGACCUUCGCCAGCCGCGUGGUGGUCCAGGAGCACUGCAGCUACCGGGUGCACCCCGAGAACCAGGACUGGACAUCUUUCGAGCAGUCGGCCUCGCUGGACAUCCGCUCUUUCUUCGGCUUCGAAAGUGCCCUGGAGAAGAUCGCCAUGAAGCAGUACACGGCCAACAUCAAGCGGGGGAAGGAGGUGAUCGAGUAUUACCUGAAUGAGCUUGUCUCCCAGGGCACCUCGCACAUCCCCCGGUGGACACCCGCCCCGGUCCGGGAGGAGGACCCCCGUGCCCAGGCUGCAUCCAGGGACGCCGCCCCCCUGGAGGCCACCGGGCCCGGCAGCCCCCCGGACCUUGUUCCCAGGACAGUGGGCGCAGACGGCAAGCUGGACGCUGAGUACAUCGCGAGGUGUCUGGGUCCACUCACACCCCUGCAGGAGAGCUGCCUCAUCCAGCUUCGGCUCUGGCUGCAGGAGACCCACAGGGGCAAGAUCCCCAAGGACGAGCACAUCUUGCGCUUCCUGCGUGCCCGCGACUUCCACGUGGACAAGGCCCGUGACAUGCUGAGCCGCAGCCUGAGCUGGCGGGAGCUGCACCGGGUGGACCUGCUGCUGCAGAGCUGGCGGCCCCCCGCCCUGCUGCAGGAGUUCUACGCGGGAGGCUGGCACUACCAGGACACAGAUGGCCGCCCCCUCUACAUCCUGCGUCUGGGCCACAUGGACACCAAGGGCCUGAUGAAGGCGGUGGGGGAGGACGUCCUGUUGCAGCACGUACUGUCCGUCAGCGAGGAAGGCCAGAAACGCUGUGAGGGGAACAGCAGGCAGCUUGGCCGGCCCAUCAGCUCCUGGACGUGCCUGGUGGACCUGGAGGGGCUGAACAUGCGACACCUGUGGCGGCCGGGGGUGAAGGCGCUGCUGCGUAUGAUCGAGGUAGUGGAGGGCAACUACCCCGAGACGCUGGGUCGGCUGCUCAUCGUGCGUGCGCCGCGCGUCUUCCCCGUGCUCUGGGCGCUGGUCAGCCCCUUCAUCCAUGAGAACACCAGGCGCAAGUUCCUCAUCUACAGCGGCACCAACUACCAGGGCCCGGGCGGCCUUGUGGACUACCUGGACAAGGACGUGAUUCCCGACUUCCUGGGCGGCGAGUGUGUGUGCAAUGUUCCGGAAGGAGGGCUGGUCCCCAAGUCCCUGUACCUGACAGAGGAGGAGCAGGGACACGCGGAGCAGCUGCGGCAGUGGCGGGACACUUACCAGGCAGCCAGCGUUCUCCACGGAGCCCCCCACCAGGUGGCCGUGGAGAUCCUGGAGGGGGCGUCGGUCAUCACCUGGGACUUCGACAUUCUCCGAGGGGACGUGGUGUUCAGCCUCUACCACACGCGCCUGCCGCCCAGAACCGAACCCCGGGAGCCUGGGGCCUCGGGGCAGUGCCCAGAGCAGGGCUGGGCCCUGGGGGCUGACUGCAGCCGCGUGGAGGCCCCGCUCGUGUGCCGGGAGGGGGAGAGCAUCCAGGGCUCCCACGUGACCCGCUGGCCUGGCCUGUACGUGCUUCAGUGGAGGAUGCACAGCCCCCCAGGCGGGGACGAUGCCCCGCAGAGCCCGGGACCCAGGUGCAAGCUCCUGUACUACUACGAGGUGCUGGCGUCGGAGGACUUCAGGGGCUCCAUGUCUAGCCUGGAGUCUUGUACCAGCGGCUUCUCCCAGCUCAGCGCGGCCACGUCCUCGUCCUCCUCGGGCCAGUCCCACAGCAGCUCUCUGGCCUCCAGGUAGGGGCGGGAGCC